CACGUACCUGCAACAUAUGAAGGUCAGUCCAGACACUAAAGUACAGACAGCAGGCGUAGGUGCCGUAUGCAGACACCAUCGAGACCCAUACCAGUCAACAGCGACAGACUCACGGCCAGGAGAUGACGACCCUCCACCCAUCUCCGGCCCUCUUUAUAUCCUUCCCGCUACCCCCCUUCCCGCAUUGCGAACCCACGCACGGACGCUCCCUUCCCCGCGUCACGGCGCCCAGCCCCGCCGCGUACCUCACGCAGCCGCUCGCCUAUCCUCCCGCAACACCCGCACCCGAGCUACGCGCAUCUCCGCCGGGGCGCUCGCCUGGGCUUCGCGCGCGUCGCCGCGACGCCUUCCACCACGGGACCGGACCAGACGUGCCUCCCUGCACGGAGAAUACGCCAACGGCAGGACGCGCGCGCACGCCCAUGUCCGCGUCCGCGUCCUGUCCUGCAUUUCAUAUGCGCGACGCGGGCGGUUGUCCGCCUGGCAGCCCACCCGCAGGGCCGGCGCCGCGCCCGGGAGAUCUUCAACGCGCAGAGCGAGACUCGUGCGUCCGCCAACGGGACGUCGUGCCCGCCCGUCAUUAGCGCGUGAUUGCCACCGCAAGUGCUAGCAAACG